UUGUAUUUUUUAAGUAGAGAUGGGGUUUUGCCAUGUUGGCCAGGCUGGUCUCAUACUUCUGAUCUCAGGUGAUCCACCCGCCUCAGCCUCCCAAAGUGCUGGGAUUACAGGCAUGAGCCACCGUGCCCGACCUGGAGACAGGGUUUCACUGUGUUAUCCAGGAUGGUCUUCAUCUCCUGACCUCGUGAUCCACCCGCCUCGGCCUCCCAAAGUGCUGGGAUUACAGGAAUGAGCCACUGCGUCCGGCUUUCAACCAGCUUUUUAGUGCCUUGCUUGUAGAGUACAACUUCUGAGGCGUUGUUUCAGGGCGACUUUGUCAGUACCCCAAACUGUCCCCGCAUGAGGUCACUCUGCACGGUCACGUGCUCGAGCUCGCGGGAGCGCCACAUCGCCAGCCGCACCCCUCCACCCCCACCCUGCCCACGUGACCCGGCCUAGUUUCUCCAGGCCCGUACCUACGUCUCACUCGGGAAGCUCCGCCCCACGCUGAGCGCUCCGCCUGCGACCCUUCGCCACUUGCCCACCCCGGCUUUAGCACGACCCGUGGACCCACGUGCUUUUUCUUGUCCAAUGGGAGCCGGCUCCCGGGCGCGAAGGGGCGGGGAGGAAAGGAACGACUGCGCUACGUUGCGAGAAGGGGCGGGACCUGCAACGUCCGACAGAACGAGGGCACGUAACGGAGGCAGGUCGGAGCCGCUGCCGUCGCCAUGACCCGCGGUAACCAGCGUGAGCUCGCCCGCCAGAAGAAUAUGAAAAAGCAGAGCGACUCGGUUAAGGGAAAGCGCCGAGAUGACGGGCUUUCUGCUGCCGCCCGCAAGCAGAGUGCCCCAUCAUCUCUACCCCCAGGGACUCGGAGAUCAUGCAGCAGAAGCAGAAAAAGGCAAACGAGAAGAAGGAGGAACCCAAGUAGCUUUGUGGCUUCGUGUCCAACCCUCUUGCCCUUCGCCUGUGUGCCUGGAGCCAGUCCCACCACGCUCGCGUUUCCUCCUGUAGUGCUCACAGGUCCCAGCACCGAUGGCAUUCCCUUUGCCCUGAGUCUGCAGCGGGUCCCUUUUGUGCUUCCUUCCCCUCAGGUAGCCUCUCUCCCCCUGGGCCACUCCCGGGGGUGAGGGGGUUACCCCUUCCCAGUGUUUUUUAUUCCUGUGGGGCUCACCCCAAAGUAUUAAAAGUAGCUUUGUAAUUC